UUGAAAAUGGCGGCGAUCGAAAUGGUGCAGAUGUUGAUCGAAGCAGCAGAAUACCUUGAUCGCAGAGAAAGAGAAGCUGAACAUGGCUAUGCCUCCAUGUUACCUUUCACCAGCAGCAAAGAGAAGGACAGCUUGAAACGGAAAAAUAAAAGCAAGAAGGACUCCAGUAGCAGAUCCAUACACAACGAGAUGGAGAAGAACAGAAGAGCACACCUACGGCUGUGUUUAGAGCGAUUGAAAUCCCUCGUUCCAUUGGGACCAGACUCCAACAGGCAUACCACCCUCAGCCUGUUGAUGAGAGCCAAGAAACACAUCGGGAGGUUGGAGGAGAGCGAGCGGAGAGCCCAGCAUACCUUAGACCAGCUGCAGAGGGAGCAGAGGCACCUGCAACGACGUCUGGAGCAGCUAGGGGUGGAGAGAACACGUAUGGACAGCACAGGAUCCACCGUCUCCUCCGACAAUCCUGACUCAGACCAGGAGGAGGAGCUGGAUGUGGACGUGGAGGGGACUGACUACCUGCUGGGGGAUCUGGAGUGGAGCACCAGCAGUGUGAGUGACUCUGACGAGAGGGGAAGCCUGCGCAGCAGCUGCAGUGAUGAGGGCUACUCCAGCGCCAGCCUUCGCCUACAGAACCAAAACACUCAGGAGAACGCCAAGCAUUUGGGCUGCAGCCUAUAAGAGCACAGCCCUCAACCUCUGGCCCAUGUGCAACGGCGUCCCUCUAUCGUCAAGUUAACUCGCGCCCACCAACCAGUCUCUGCCAAUCAGACCUCACUCCCAGCAGGACUGGCCUUCUGACAAAGCCCUCUGUAUUCCACCUCUCUUUCCCCCUCAGACCUCCAACACCUGAGACACCCAUCAUCCCAUUUCAACGUCCAUCGGCCAACCAAAAUGGAAGAUCAGUCUCUGGUACUGCCCAUUCAGAGCCUCUGGCUCAAUAAGAUGAGUAGGAUUUGGAAGACACUCCUCCGUCCAUCCCUUUCUGUGUCCAUCACCUCCCUCCCUUCCUGAUCUGCUGUCUGUUUCAGUGUAAGAGCAGAUAGGUGACUUGACUGUUUUCACGUAUCCAUGCUGUUUCCCCCUUCCAGGGUCCGAGAACGAAAGACUUCAGCUAGAGAAUGUUAUUACAACACUACACCUACACCUCACUGCCCCCCCCCCCUCCCUUCGAGCUCCAGCUCCCAUCUCGCCCAUUUCUCCAAUGAGACUGGCCCCUCUAUAGGUGGUGGUACAAACAAUCGGCGCAUGGAUGGUAUUUAGCACUUAGAGACAGUAUAGGAAGGGAUUGUCUGGGUCAAAGAGCUGUGGUCAUUGUAAUCAAUAUACUGUAUGUCUCCUUAAAAGACAUUGCAGCUAUUGUAGUAAUGUUAUCAGGUGUAGUCUAUUAGAAAGUAUUUAUGGUAAAUAAUUGUCUACCUGCACUGUCUACAUGUAAAGUCCUCACUGGGAGUUCUACAACACUAAGCACGGGUGUGAUUUGAUGUCAUCCAUUUUCCACAACCACUUCAUUGUUUUGCGAUCGGCAGCAAUACAUCCAUCCCUCUCUCCUCUACCUGGCUUAGCGGUUGGAUAGAUACCUCCAUGUUUUUGGCUCUUAUAAUGAGGGGCUAUUACAUUUUAGUUUUUAUUUUGGCAUACCCUGUACUUUCAAAUCCACACCUGCCAUUCUGGGGUAUCUUUUAUCUUCCUCUCUGAUGACGGUGGCGUCUAACUCCUCUUUUAAUGUGAUGGUCUGUGUUGCUGCUAGUCAUGUCCUGUAGCCAGUGGUAGUCACUUGAAUAUGUGUUGAAGUUAUACAGACAGACAGUAAGUUACCGGUAAUUGUUAAAAGUAGACCAGUGGAGGGAUUAAAGCACAUUCCAUGUUCGAGAGAAAGUAGGCCAGAUGGAGCAUUACCUUCAUCCAUAUUUAUGAGGGAGGAUUUUCAGUUUUUAAAGCCAGGAAGGAUCUAGCUAACUGCUUCAGGUUACCCACAAGCAGAACACAACAGAUGUGCUGACUUGCUUUGCCUUUGUGUCAGAGCACAGUACAAGGAAGAUUAAUGUCUUGUGAGUUUGUUCCCCUCUGGAAAGAAAAGAGCAGAAAGGCUACUGUACACUAAAGAUACUCUCCUCUGCCUUGUCUAUAUACUUAGAUAUUGUUUAUGCAAAAUGUUAUGUUUAUGUAAAUAGUUUACACAGAAAGAUCUGUUUAUCAAAAAAAAAGUAUUUAUAUUAGAUGUAAAUAUAUAGAUAUAUCUAUUUAAUUGGUUGUCGCUUUACUAGUUUUUGUUGUGAGGGUUUCUAUGUAUAGUUGGUUUGCACAGCAUAGUUGAUCCAGAGCUUUUUAGAUCUGUAGUUUGUGCCUAUAGGCUUUUGUGUCCUUUCAAAAUUGGCACGGUGCUCCUAGAAUUGAAAUUGUUUUAUUUGUGGUUCAUUAUAUUUAUCUAUUUAAAAUCUAUCCUCUUUGUCAACAGAUAAAUAAUGCAAAAAAAAAAGCCUAUUAAUAUAAAAAUGUAUUACAUUGAAAAGAGGAGCUGGCGUGUGUGUUUGUGCUUUGGCAUUGCUGUGAUGGUGUUAAGCUACAGUGGGCUUUCUCCCUUUGUGCCUGGGGGCCUUAAACAAAAUGGCUUCUCCACCCAAGAGAUUAUAACACAUUGUAGAAAGAGGAGGAAUUGGUGGGUUCAAUAACCAGGGGAUAAGAUGGGGAGGUUUGCAGCAGCAUUUGAAUGUAAUCGACUAGCCUAUAAUAUAUCUCCCCCUGCACUGUUGCAGCACAAUGCCAAAGGAACCUCAAACUGUGUCACUGCAGAAUCUCGUUAGAACGGGAAGACGGUUGGUACACACCAAAAAAAUCCUUAAAAAAUAGGAGUAUGAUUGUUUAGUCUAUUUGUGUGGAAUGCUGCACUUCUAUGUAAUUUUAAAACCCUAUCCAAAAAGAGAAUGAAGUAGCCAUGCUAGAAGGGGAAUGUUGUGAAUUGAGUACACGACUGAGACUGGUGCUAUGGGGCAGGUGCAUGUACGUCUUGUCACUGUCUUCAGAGAGAAACUAUAAUGGUUUGGGAGAGGGACGGUUGUUUUUAAUGGGAAAACACUGUCGCAUUUGUAUGGAUGUUUUUAUUGGUUUACUAUUAAAAAGGUGAAAAACAGUAUCGCUUUUCAAAGAAAACCUAAUAUAUUAUUAAAGCUAAGCAUUGUCUGUUAUUGGGGAGCCACACACUCCUCUCCUUCCCUCUCUCCCUGUCCAUGGCCUGUUUUAUACGUCUUCCACUCCUACCUGUGUGUGAAUGUGACUCCCAUAGAGAAGAGAUCCUGAUUCAUUUCUAUGGUGGUUCCCCCCAUCCUCCACAUGCUGUGGGCCAGCCACCAUGGUGCAGAGGGAGCAGACUGGGCUGUGUAGUAUAGCUGCAGCUGUCCUCCCUCCCUAUAUAAAACUCUGUUAACACCCUCGGUGCUUCAGCCUCUGCCUUAAGAGCAGGUGUGGAUUCUUAAAAAAGAACAAGAAGAUCAAUGCAGUUGGCUUCUGUGUAGUCCAGUGUAAGCUAUAUAGGAUAUCAUCCUGGGAAUUCUCUUUUUUUGUUUUGUGUAUAUUUGGGUUACGUUCGUACGAAGUGGCUUAAGCCUUAAAACAGACGAAUGUAAGAGAACCAUAGUAAAGUAUAUAUUAUAUACGUUCAUAUAUAAUAUAGGUGUAGACAUGUUUUUAUCACAAAAGGUCAUUAUUUUCAUUGUAACUGUGUCUCAGGUGUUGCUCUCCCUCUCAUACGUACGCACACACAGACAUACACACGUUGUCAUACACACAUCAGAACAGACUCUGCCUUUUGAAGGCUUAAGAAGGAUUUAUGUCAAACUAUAAAAAGGUGGACAUUUUCUGCACACAUUUUUUAGAAUUAGGGAUUUUAAACAUUGUGAAAACAAUCUUUGGGAAGUGUGGUGCAGUCAUUUCUAUUUGCCAGUGAU